AUCCACGAUCGGGACAGGUUGACUUACUGGGUAAUUUUGUUUCCUCUUUUAAUCCUUACGAGUGUAAAAGUAUUGAUUAAGGUGGAGGUUCUUCCCGCUGAUCAGUAACAAUUUGCAUGUGGCGUCACUUCCUCCACGUGGUUCUAGCGCAAAUUCGCGCCCGGAACCGUCGUUUACCAACAGUCUCGUCCAGCUGCUGACUGACUGUCUUUGUGGGUCACUCCUCUUGCUGUGUAAUUUCCAACAGAAUGGCUGAAAACGAAGCAAACUCCGUCCUCAACACUGAGACCGAUCCCUGUGCAGAAGAUCUGGAGGAAGCUCUGUGUGUGCUGCGAGGAAGUGACCCAGAAAACUGCUCAUAUUCGCGGGGCUAUGUGAAGAGACAGGCUGUGUUCGCCUGCAACACUUGCACUCCCAGUGCAGCAGAGCCUGCUGGGAUUUGUCUGGCGUGUGCCAAUAAAUGCCACGAUGGACACGAUAUUUUUGAAUUGUACACUAAAAGGAACUUUCGCUGUGACUGUGGAAAUGACAAGUUUGGGGAUUUUAAGUGUCAGCUGAGUCCUGACAAGGACAAAGAAAAUGCCCAAAAUCACUACAAUCACAACUUCAGUGGGCUCUACUGCACAUGUAACCAAAAAUACCCAGAUGCAGAAAAUCAGGAUCAGGAUGAGAUGAUUCAGUGUGUCAUCUGUGAGGACUGGUUCCACAGCAGACACCUGGGCUGCCCUGUUGAAGACCCUGAAGACCUGCAGGAGAUGGUAUGUGAAGCCUGCAUGAACAGGGCUCCCUUCUUGUGGACGUAUGCAGCUCACUUUGCAGCGCCCCCUGGGAUCGGAGUCCGUCCCACUGAGGAGACGGAGGUUGAUGUUGAUGUUGUAGGACAAGGUGACGAGGAAGACGCCCGUGAAUGCAGUCAACAUGAGGGCAAGGGACCGUCUAACAGUGUUGACCACAAAAGCCAGCAGCAGGCAUCAGACGGAAGAACCCUUUGCAAACGGACACAUGAGCAGAUGACAGCUUGUCUUGGCAAAGCCCUGAGCAAAACUGAGGCCUGUAGGCUGAAGGAGCUGCAGAACCUCCCAGGACAGGAGCGGCCAAGACAGGGAGCAGUGUUUUGGCCUGAUAGUUGGCGUUCUGAGCUUUGCACCUGCACAAACUGCAAGCGGUCGUACGUGGCGGCUGAAGUGCAGUUUCUCAUGGAUGAGUCCGACACCAUGCUGUCCUACGAGAACAAAGGUCGGGCUGAACCGUUUGGGCAGCAUCCGCUAAUGCUACUGACGAGCUCGUUGGACCGGGUGCAGCAGCUGGAGGUCAUUUACGGUUUUAACGAGCUGAAGUCGGCCAUUGGGGCAUUUGUGGAUCAGCAUGCUGCUGAAGGAAAGGUGGUCACAGUUGAAGAUGUGAAUCAGCUGUUCGAGGAGCUGUAUGCCAAAAGACGCAAGACCAACGCGGGGUACCAGUGAAGAGGAGGCCGCGCAGCUGCCGUAGUGCCACGUUGUUAUGGUGCUUCUCAGAAAUGAAUGUUCUGUGCAAAAUGACACUUUUGCCAUUUUGUUGCUGCAACUUAUACUUGAACUUUUAUGGUUAAAGGAACCUUUAUCCCUUCUGCUUUAAAAUGCUGCCUUGAGAUCUCUGACACGACUGUGUGGAUUUGGUUGGAACAUAGUGAUGCCUUAAAUUUUCUCCUGAAACUUAGUGAUGACUGUGCAUUGAUACAAUACAAUGAUCUUAAUAAAUAAAAUAAGUGGGAAUUAUU